AUGGUGGAAGUAGGAGUAGGAAACGACGCAUGGGAUGCACUGAAGAAGUCAUCAGUUGGAGAUUUUCCUAGACUUUACGAGCUUGAUUUCAUAUGGUCUGCAAAGGUUGUUCAUUACCUCUUAACGCAUCAGCUGUUGGUAUUGGGAAGAUGCAAGAACUGGAGUCUUGAGAAAAGGAUUAUGGUAGGACGGUUGUGUAUUUUGCAUAUCGCAAUAUUUGGCAUAGCUCCUACACGUCGGAUCCCGUUGGAGUGUGCAAAGCGAGUACUUGAUUUUGAAGCUUUCGAGAGAUAUCCAUGGGGUCGAGUUGCAUGUAAGAGUUUGAUACACUCCAUUAAGUGUGUCAGUUAUGACGCAAAGAAAUCAUAUACAAUGGAAGGAUUUGUGUAUGUGCUACUCAUAUGGGGAUAUGAGGCUGUUACUGGCCUAGGAGAGCAGUACGGAAACAAAAUUGUUGGGGCAGAAGUUCCUCUCCUUUCAUGGGCUGGAUCAAGAAAACGGUUCGUGUCUGACGACUUCAUUAGACAAGAAAAAAUCAAACACGAAGAUAAGGUUCGUGUACGGCAUUUCUUUUCACACGUUGACGAGAAUUUAGUCCCUAAAUGGGAUGGUGAGCUUGAAGAUGAAAAUGUGAACCACUUGAUCCGUGAUAUACUUGAUGACUGUGUCAAUCGUAAAGCAUGGGAUUUAGUUGAAACUUCUGUUACGAAGAGGACUAAGCGUAAAGAAUCUAUCCCCAUGAAUGUUUCAGAGGAUUCAGCAAACAAGGAUAAGAAGGCUAAACCUAUGGAAGAUGGUCGGUAUAAUGCUGACGGUAAUGAUACGCCAAGCACUGCGAUGUUGACCAUGUUGAAGACUCUGACCGAAAAAGUAGACAACAUGAACACCAAUAUGGCUACUAAAUUAAUGGCUGGUUUGGAUGCAGCAAUUGGUACGAAGGUUGAUGUCAUAAUUGGUCCCUUAAUUGAGAAAGUCGCCAUCUUGGAGAUGGAAAUGCGAAAGAUGAAAGGAAAAAUGGUACCUGAAGAAACAAAAGAAGCUGCCAACUCCAAUGUGAAUAUCAAUGAGGAAGUGACAAGUGAUGCUAUGUCUUGGAUGGUGGAGAUUAAAUCCACGUCUCAGGAUGGUAUACCAGCUCGACAUGUUGUUAAGAAAGUGACGAAGACAUGCAAAAAAGGUGGAGAUAUGGGACUUGAUAAGAAUAAUUUGUUUGAGAAUAAGGUUUUCAAAACCAAGAUACAAGUCCCACAUCUACUCGAUACUGCCUCUGAGGAAACAUGGUCUGAUACAAAGCAGCGUGAAAAAAUUAGAAAAGUUAGUGAUGGCUUAGAUGCAAUUGCAGCAGCAGCUAGAAAGUUUAAUAAGCCUACAUCUUCCACGCCUCAGCCGAAGCGCCAAACAAAGUUAGCAUCGUCUCAGUUAUUUCCAUUCAUAGGAAAUUCUACCGUCAAGCGCAUCAUCACAGGUGUAAUACCAUCUGUCUCAGCAUAUGAUCCGUUUGCUGUUGUUGAAGACACUAAAAUUCGGAACUUACUACAUUUUCUACUGGAUGAUGAGUAUGCUUCUUUUUCUUUUCUCCUGUUGAACAAUGGAGGAACCGGACAGAACCUCUGA